CAACCGCAACCCCCGUCCCUCUUCCGUCCGUCGUCAUCUACCUCACUACCUGCUCCUCACUCCCCGCUCCACUGGCGAGAUGGGGAGAGGCUUGGGCGCCGCUCCCGUCUCGCCGCGCCUCGCUAGUCUCGGGGCAGCUGCGCUGGCGCUGCUCGUGGCGGCGGCGCUGCCUUCCCCAGCAGCUGGGGCUGGGCUCAACGCGACGGCGGUGCUCUCGGCGUUCCCCAACUUCGCCGACUUCGCGCGGCUGCUGGCAUCCACUCCCGUGGCCAGCGAGCUGGCCGGGAGGUCGUCCCUGACGCUCCUGGCCGUGCCGAACGCCAACCUGCCGCAGUCACCCUCGGCUUUCGUAGCCGGCGCCGACAUCGCCGACGUGCUGAGGUACCACGUCCUGCUGGAGUACCUCUCCCCGUCCGACCUCGCCCGCCUCCCUCCCUCCGGGAAGCUCGUGACGACGCUGUUCCAGACCACGGGCCGCGCGCCCUCCGACUUCGGCGCCGUCAACCUCACCGUGGGGCCCAACUCCACCGUCGUGGUCCGCUCGCCGGCGCCGUCCCCGGGAUCGAGCGCCACGGUCCUCGGCGCCGUGACCGCGGUCCCGUACAAUCUCAGCGUGCUCGCGGUGGGUGGCCUUAUCGUACCCUCCGGAUUCGACCUCGCGGCCUCCGAGAGCCGCCCGCCACCGCCGGUGAACAUCACCCGGGUUCUCACCGACGCGCGUGGGUUCUACGUGGCGGCCUCCAUGCUGCAGGCUUCCGGUGUAGCGAGCGAGUUUGAGGCCGACGAGCGCGGUGCUGGCAUCACCGUCUUCGUCCCCACCGACGACGCCUUUGCCGGCCUCCCCGCCACCGACCGCCUCCAGUCACUACCCGCUGAGCGCAAGGCCGUCGUGCUCCGCUUCCAUGUGCUGCACUCUUACUACCCGCUGGGCUCCCUCGAGUCCAUCGUGAACCCUGUCCAACCCACUCUCGCCACAGAGCACACCGAGGCUGGCCACUUCACCCUAAACAUAACCCGCGUCAAUGGCUCCAUUGCCAUUGACACGGGCAUCGUGCAGGCAUCCAUCACCCGCACAGUGUUCGACCAGAAUCCUGUGGCGGUCUUUGCCGUCUCCAAGGUUCUACUGCCCAAGGAAAUGUUCAGCCGGGGCGAUUCUGGCAGCACCGCCAUGGUACCACCUUCGGUUGCGAUGGCGCCCGGCGACGCCGGGACCGAGCAGACACCACAGACGAGGCUCUCAUCCCCGCCUGAUCUCCACGGGGAAGAUAGCGAGUCGUCAGCUGCUUUGGCGACAGCAAAGGGGACUUCUUGGUGGUGUGUAGGACUCAUGUAUCUGCAUCUAUUACUAUCUCUGGUAUGAGAUUCUGGUCGUGCUUGUUGCUUUCUUGCUUCCUUGUGCUCAGUUUUUGUAUUACUUACUGUCUAGAACGUCUACACCGGGAGGGAGGGAUUGGGGAGAGAAUUUCGUAGAUUUAAAGUAGCAAAAAAAAUUAGUUGCUUCACCUGAUUAUUCUAAUUUCUUUCCAUUUUGUCAUGUGGCAAAGGGAAAUAAUGUCAUGUGUACAAAUCUAUGCAGUCCUUUUGCUCUACAAUGAAUAGUAUUUUCUGUUUUGGCC